AUGUCUGCCUCCGAAGUACCAACAGCAGUCGACUCAUCGCCAUUGCAAUCGAUACCCAUCGAAAUCCUCCGGCAGGUUUUCGUUGCAGGGUAUCCUGUCAUCGACAUUCGAAGACCUGAAAGCUUCGUUGGGCGACUGAGUGCAGUCUGUUUUCAGUGGCGAUCAGCAAUCAUCAACACGCCAGAGUUGUGGUCGGACAUCGACUUAUCUUUCGAUAGUUCCAUCGAACAAAUGCAUUCGUCGUCCGCCAGUAAUCAUCUCCCCAAAUCUGUUAAUCUGCUCGUCGAUCUUAUCCUUCAACGGUCGAAACGAUAUCCGCUUUCAAUCCGGUUUGAACCCACUGCGUGCUUUGCGUCAAUAGCGUCCGUCAUGGCGAGGCUCUUAGCACACUCGAAGCGGUGGAUUCGAGCGUCGUUCAAUUGCCAGAUCAUUACAACUUACUAUGGGGGCUUUCCACUAUCCCAAUCUUUCAACAAUCUCCAGUCUCUGACAUUGGAAGGUCCAGGAAGGUUCACGAUGCUCUGCAAGCCACCAAAACUCAGGAAGCUUACCAUCACUUCUUUCCAAAUGGUCACGCCUUCCGACCUUAACGUGCCUUGGGAUAGACUGGCAAGUCUGACGAUCUCAAUAUCGGACGCCCUAAUCCACUACCUACCAUCCUUGUGGCGCGCAACAACGCAACUGGACGCGCUGGACAUUACCCUGCUGGCUUUACAGGGUGGCAGAAGACCCGCGUCAGCAAGCUUCAGCGGUGCUCACCAAGUGGACUUGCCUGCUUUGUCAACAUUCAAGCUCGUGUCGACACUGGAUCAAAGUGCGAACAUCCUCCUUCAAACCAUCAAAGCCCGGAACCUCAACAUCCUCAGUCUCUGCAAUGCGCCGGGCCCGCCGUCCGUGUCGCGGCGAAGGUCACACAACCUUCGCUCUGAAGAUUUGAAAUGUGUUUCCAAUUUCCUGGGACGCAGUGACUGUCAACUCCAGCAAUUCCAAAUCUUCGGCUUCGACAAAACUACCUCAUAUUCCAUUCUUGCCCUGGAAGGCAUAAAAACUGUCAAUCGCAUCCACCUCAGCGGAAUCUGGGGGAGCGAGGAACUUCUCCGAGACCUUUCACGCUAUUCGCUCGAGGCCAACAUUGUUGACAUGCUCCCCAACCUCGAGCAUAUUACUCUAUCCCACAUGGACUGGGUCGAGAUGGACUCGUUGGUGGAGACGGUGGUCAAGUUUCUCUGCUCCCGGUUGUACGUAUCCAACCCAUAUCCCGACAAGGAUUCGAAGACGUGCGGAUACCGGUAUCUCAAACAAGCCACGAUCUCGGAUACCUGGAUGGUUCGCCGGAUUGUUUCGAGGCUUCAGGAGGAAUUGCCGCCGUGGAGCUUCAGUUGGGACUUUCACGCCUUUGACUGGGGUAAACCAGUGUUGUCGUAUCAAUAUAGGAUGUCAUUGGUGGCGGAAGUGGAGACUCCGAAAGCAUAG